AUGAUAAAGUUCAUGACAAAGAACAUCUUGGUCCACGUUGGAACUCCUACGAUCCUCAUAAGUGAUAAAAACACUCAGUUUGAAGGAAGUCCCUUCAAGGAAUGGUGUGAAGACAAGAAAAUCCACCGCAGGUUCACAUCAGUAGCGCAUCCUCAGGCUAACGGACAUACAAAGAUAUCGCAAAAAACCAUAGUCAAGGGUUUGAAGAAAUGGCUACUCAAAUCAAAGUCCGUCUGGGUGGAUGAGCUCCUAACAGUGUUAUGGUCCUAUCGCACCACAACAAGGUCAAGCACGGGAGAAACGCCCUUCAGUCUAACCUAUGGGACAGAGGUGGUCCUCCCAUUGGAAAUAGUCGUUGGCUACUUGCGAACAGAGAGUUUCGAGGAGUUAGCCAACGACGAAGGACAACGCCAAGACCUUGACAUGCUCGAUGAGAAACGCGAGGCAACACAGAUGCGCCAAGCACUUUAUAAAUCACAGACUGAGAACUAUUACAACUGCCAAGUCCGGGCCAAGAACUUCAAAGUUGGAGAAUAG